AUGCGGCUUCGCUUCUGCCUUCUAAUACUCCUACACACUCUGGUAUCCCUAUCGAUUUGCACCGAUUAUCCGCCUGCUCUUAUCGCCAACGAAUUCAAGGAACACUUUAAUGUCGAGGAGAAGCAGUUGGAGACGGUCGAGGAGCUGCUGAUCAAAAUGAAGAAACUGGCACAUUCGAGAAGCUUCGCGGGGAGGGAGUUCGGGCACGACGCGGUUGAAGACUCGAAGAAGGACGUGGCGAUCAGUGCUCAGCAGGGAACUAUCGACAAGAAGGUCUCGCCGUACCUCUUUGAAGGUUUCCUUCUUUCCGUUCUUUCAAUCUAUACGCCCAGACAUUUAAGGGGACAUUUUCCUGUCGCGCCGGCAAGCAGUCGACAUUCUGAAGGCACUCUCCAAGGAUAAAACAAAACGGUUGAGAAGGUAACAUUACAAGUUGCUUUUUUAAAAUUCAUUUUUCUUGUGUUUCCCCCAGGUCAUUUGUAUCUGACAAAUCUGCCACGUGGAAAAAGAUGCCAAUCAAGUACCGUUUCCACGAAAGCAUCGGUAAACGUUCUAUCGUCUGAAUACAUUCGGAAACUUUUCCAUUCUAGACUUCUACACAAUCAGCCAGAUCAUCGCGGCGAUCCGAUUCUGGGAGGAUUCCACGUGCAUCACAUUCGAGAACGUCUCCGACGCGCCUGACAACGAGGACUACGUUGAAUUCUUCAGCGGGCAGGGGUGAGCGAUUGAGAAGAAAUUAAAGCGAUUUUGAAAGAUUUUUCGCCUGCAGAUGCUACUCGAUGAUCGGAAGGAACGGCGGCCGACAGGGCAUUUCCAUCGGCGAAAGUUGUGUGAAAGCAAGUUUUCUUCCGCGGCUUCCGCUCACUUCUCACACCUCAUUUUUUGACAGAUGGGUGUGAUCGAACAUGAAAUCGGACACGCACUCGGUCUUUGGCACGAACAGAGUAGGCCUGACGCACUCGGAUACGUUACGGUAAAAGAGAAAAAGGAGAGAGAGAGACAGAGCGGGUGAGUGAAGUUGAUGUUCAGAUCGAGAGAGAUUUCAUUCUGCCGUCGUAUAUCAGUGAUUUCCUGCAAAGGGACGAUGAGAUUGACACCCUCGGAAUACCGUACGACUUGGGAUCCGUGAUGCACUACGGAAGCACCGCGUUCAGUGUGGAUCAGAAGAGCAAAACGGUGGUGACGAGGGAUUCUCUGUAUCAGCAAACAAUCGGACAGCGGGAGAAACUCUCAUUUUAUGACGUGGCAACGAUCAAUACGGCUUACUGUAAAGGCGAGGGAAAUGAGAAAUGGAUUGAAGAAGAAUAAGGACUUUAGAUGAAUGCAAAGCAGAAACGACAAAAUGCGCGAACGGUGGGUACAUGAGACCGUCGAAGUGUUCCGAAUGCAUAUGUCCGGACGGUUUGGGCGGAGACAACUGCGAAAAGAACGAGGAUCCGAAGAGUUAGGCACUAGCCAUUUGCAACUGAGAAGAACUCGUUUUCAGAUGCUGAGUGUGGAGGAGUCAUCGAAUUGACGGAUGGAUGGAAAACGCUCGAGUCGCCGAAUUACCCGGAUCCUGGUUACGACGCCGAUCAGAAGUGCUCAUGGCUUCUGAAGGCAGAAAAGGGGAAGCGGGUGGAGAUUGAGUUCAUCGAAGACUUCUCUUUUCUGUGCACUUCCACCUGCGUCGACUUUGUUGAACUCAAAAUCUCUGACGAUUUGAGGAACACUGGAUUCAGGUGAAUCACUAUUUCCGACUAAAUCAUCUGGAAACGUCGUUGCAGGUUCUGUUGCUAUGAUAAACCGGAAAUCAAUUUUGUGUCUCAAAAGGACACUGCAAUUGUCAUUUUCCGAUCGCAGUUGUCCACUGAUAUUGGCUUCAAAAUUCAGAUGAAAUCGAGUGAGUUACUCACGAAAACCCAUAUUCUCGAUGUCUAUUUUUAGCGGACGCCGAGCCACGAACUACGAUCGCACCUACGAUAAUCACAACGACAAGUGAACGAUAACUUCCGUUUCUUUCAUUUUUGCGUAUCAAUUUGCAGAUGCUCCUGUGACCGUGGAUGCUCCGAAUGUGUGGGCGGACUGGGGAGAAUGGUCGAUGUGUUCGAGGACUUGUGGAGGCUGCGGAAUCAGAAGCAGAGUCAGAUCGUGCAGGAGCAAGAAGUGCGAGUAAGUCUAUGGAACCUGGGAGUAGCAGGCAUCCAUUCGUUUUCAGAGGAAGACGGCAAGAGUUCGGAACGUGCAAUCUGAAGGCGUGUCCGGUGGACAAACACUGUGCGAAGCUGCUCUCGAACAACCGCCUCUGCAAUGGGAAAGUGUGCACCAAGUGAGAGCCCUUCCCCUUUCCUAGACUCAAAUCCUCCUUCAGAAACGACAUCUCCAUCUCCUCGUGCGAUGCUCCGCAGUGCUGUCCUCCGUUCAUCAACGUCGACGGAAUGUGCCAAUCGGAUCAGGAGAAUCAACACGACGAACUCUGGCUUUCCAUAUAA